AUGGAUAAAAAUCAAACAGAAGCAGUGAGAGAAUUUGUGCUGGCUGGCUUCUCACAAUCCCCAUCUACUGAGGCAGGGCUAUUUGGAUUAUUCCUUUUCUUCUAUGUGUGCACUUGGGUAGGCAAUGUCCUUAUCAUGCUCACAGUGGCCUCUGCUAGCCAUCUGAAUUCAUCACCUAUGUAUUUCCUUCUCGGCAACCUCUCUUUCCUUGACCUAUGUUAUUCAACAGUAACUACCCCUAAGCUCUUGGCUGACUUUCUUCAUAAUACAAAGCUCAUUCCUUAUGACCAAUGCAUUGUGCAACUCUUCUUCCUGCAUUUUGUAGGGGCAGCUGAGAUGUUCCUGCUCACGGUCAUGGCUUAUGAUCGUUAUGUUGCCAUUUGCCGCCCCCUGCACUAUACUACUAUCAUGAGUCGAGGACUAUGCUGUGUGUUGGUAGCUGCCUGCUGGACGGGAGGUUUUGUCCACUCUACUGUCCAGACGAUCCUUACCAUCCGCCUGCCCUUUUGUGGGCCAAACCAGGUGGACAACUUCUUUUGUGAUGUGCCCCCCGUCAUCAAACUGGCCUGUACAGACACAUUUGUCAUUGAAUUGCUAAUGGUCUCUAACAGUGGGUUGAUCUCUACCAGUUCCUUUGUGGUGCUAGUUUCUUCCUACACUACUAUCCUGGUCAGGAUUCGCUCCAAAGAGGGAAGGCAUAAGGCACUCUCCACCUGUGGCUCCCACCUCAUGGUGGUAACACUUUUUUUUGGACCCUGUAUUUUCAUCUAUGCUCGUCCCUUCUCCUCUUUUUCUGUGGACAAGAUGGUAUCUGUACUCUACAAUGUUAUCACCCCCAUGCUGAAUCCCCUCAUCUACACUCUUCGGAACAAAGAAGUCAAGUCAGCCAUGAGGAAGCUGUGGGAUAGGAGUGGACUUGCUCGGAAAAAGCAGGAUAUGUGA